AUGGAUUCUGAUCUUGGUGAUGCCGCAAACGUGUGGAAUAACGCGUCAUUGGGACUGCACAGCGAGGUCCGCUCCUACGCGUCGUCCAACAGCUCCAACUCGAGCUCAGCCCCCGGGCCUGGCAGCGCACACUUCAGCCUCAGUCGGGCGCUGCCUGUGGGCAUGGUUCUGGGCGCGUUUAUAGUGUUCGCGAUCGUGGGCAACAUCCUGGUCAUCCUCUCCGUGGUGUGCAACAGGCACCUGCGCAUUCCAACAAACUACUUCAUCAUAAAUCUGGCCAUUGCGGAUCUGUUGCUUGGUACCACCGUGCUCCCGGUGUCUGCCACGCUGGAGAUUCUGAACUACUGGGUGUUUGGGAGGAUUUUCUGUGACAUCUGGGCUGCCGUAGAUGUCCUGUGUUGCACAGCGUCCAUCAUGAGCUUGUGCGUAAUAUCCAUCGACAGAUACAUCGGAGUACGGUACCCUUUGCAGUACCCGAGUAUUGUGACGGAGAAAAGAGCGCUCCUGGCCAUGCUGGGAGUUUGGGUGCUUGCUUUGAUUAUCUCCAUCGGACCCUUGCUUGGAUGGAAAGAGCCGCCUUCUGAGGAUGAAACCGUUUGUCCAAUAACAGAGGAGCCGUUUUACGCGCUUUUUUCGUCUCUUGGCUCUUUCUACAUCCCCCUAGCUGUGAUUUUGGCCAUGUACUGCCGCGUUUACGUCGUUGCCAAAAGGACCACUAAGAAUUUAGAAGCUGGAGUGAUGAAGGAGCGCAAUGACUCCAGUGAGCUCACACUCCGAGUGCACUACAGAGGCUCCCACAUCCAAGACGACUGCAGCAGCACGGGCAAGGGCCAAAUGAGGAGCUCGCUUACUGUGAAAUUACUGAAGUUUUCUAGAGAAAAGAAAGCUGCCAAAACUCUUGGUGUUGUAGUCGGCAUGUUCAUCCUGUGCUGGUUACCGUUUUUCCUGGUUCUACCCAUCGGUUCCUUUAAUACCAACCUGCGUCCUCCAGAGACAUUUUUCAAGGUGAUCUUCUGGCUCGGCUACUUCAACAGCUGCCUAAACCCCAUCAUCUACCCGUGCACUAGCCGCGAGUUUAAACAGGGAUUCAUCCGCAUCCUGCGCUGUCAGUGCCAGCAGCGGAAGGGAUGGAGACCCUACAACUACCGCUCCCACAUGGGUCCCGCCAACCAGAUCUACAUGGACAACAGCUCAGUUUGCAUGAACGGCAGUCACGCGUCUCCCAGCCCUCGGUUCUUCAGCAGAGGCACUGGCUCUAACACAGCAUCGGGUCUCUUACCAGGCUGGAGUUCCUCCUCCACCUCUCUGUCCAGCAGUUCCUUCCCUAGGAAGUUCAUUGCCAGCCCUGGACCGGCGUGUGAGAAUUCAGACAAAUCCAGCAAGGUGACUCUUCUUAUUCCUGACGGGGUUCCAUCGACAGAUCCCCAGCAUUCCAACGGGCAGAACGUUAAUGAAGAAGUGGAGCCAGACACAAAUUCCAGACUCACGCCUGAAAUGAAACUGUAGGGUACACGCUGUCUAGCUUUCGCACUUGUUUCUCUUCUUUGUUUUUAUGGUGUACGUUUGACAUCCUUGUCAUAGUUGAAGAAUCUUUUUAAUUCCGCAUGUCUCCAUUGUGAACAAAGUUGCUCACAUCAGUGGCUGCUGAUGUUCAACGGCGAAUUAAUUAAGAGUGAAUAUUUCUGCAUUUUACUUAUCUUGGAUUUUUAACACAUGCAUUCUGUCUCUAUUUGUGCUGUAAAAUUAUUAUUAAACAGGUUUUUUUAAUUAAAAGUCAUGACCUUUGUAUAUAAUAUUAUUAUUAUUAUUAUUAUUAAUAUAUUUUAUGGAAUAUUAUUUUGUUCUGGAAGUGCUGUACAUAGCAAAGGUAAAGCAUGAUGUAAUUCAGUCUGGUUUCCAGUAGCAGAAUUUAGCACUUGCUAAUGUGCUCAGUGACUUACUGCUUGCUUCAGAUUUUGGAUAUUUUUCCAUUUUGGGCACUGUUGGAAUGCGGCAUUUGACACUAUUUACAAGGGAUGCAUCAGUACAGAUACUGGUACCAAGUAUUGGUCUGAUUCUUUGCAUAUUUACUUUCCUAUGUUCCUGAUGACAGCCAAAAAAUAACAGCAAUCUGGAAGUAUUUCAGCAAUAAUCCCGGUAACCAAUGCGAAGCAGACUGAGAUCAGACUACAGCAACUACAUAAAACAUUUUAAACAUAAAAAAACAAGGUGUUCAUUGCUUAGGGGAGGAUAACGAAAGGUGUUUUACUCACUGCUGGACUGAAGCUGGACAAAACUAGGUCUUCUCCAUUGCAACCUUACUCGAUCCAAGGAACUUGUGUAGCUAGCUAACAUCAACUUACCUUAGAAAGCAUGAGUCUAGUGCUUGAACCGGGUACAACAUAAGCAGAGAUAAAUAAUAUGUUUAAUGAUAAUAAGAUGGAUAUUAAAACACACACACACAAAUCUUUCUUAUUUUGUCUGGGUCAGAAUAGUAUUGAUGCAUCCGAGCUAUUGGCCAUGAUAUUUUUAUAGAGAGGCGUAAAACAUGGUCGGAUUAGACAGAUGAAUUCUUGCAUGAUCUAAUUUGACGACCUUUUCCCAAGACGAAUACAGAUUCCUCAGAGCCUAAGUGCAGUAUGGUGUCUCACAAGGUUGUGCUGUUCUUCUUCUUCUUCUUCUUCUUGUUAUUAUUAUUUGAAUUUCUUGCUUUCGACAGAUACAUCACGAGUAUUAUGUUGGCUCUCACUUCUGUGCUAUCCUUUGUAUAUAUUGACCUUAUUUAUAAUAAGCUGUGUUCGUCACUGUUAUCGAAUAUAUAGGUUCGUUGUUUUGCUGAAUUUGCUGGUAUCUUGAUUUAUCUGUGUUUGGUGUGUAAAAGUGGCUAUGAAUUUGGGAACAUUAUGUGUUACGUUACAGGGUUUAAGAUGCUGGAGAUUAUUUUUUAUUUCCUUUUUUUCUACGUUACGAUUUUUAAAGCUGUAUUGCUUUAAGUCAUAACCCCUUCAUCCUUACUUAAAUCGGAGUCUGAAUAAAGAGUCAUGAUGAGAUUAUAAUCUUACUAGUG